UCUGUGUCCACAAAACAACAUUACAAGAGAGGGCAAAAAUUAUCACCAUCGCAACCCGCCCAAGCAACACUAGGAAACCUUGUUAUCUACAGAAACUUAAAAUCAAGAAGUAAUAGUUUUGUUUACUUCUCCUUGUUUUAAAAAAAAAUAUUAUUAUUAUUUCUGUAGAUUACAAGGUUUGCUAGUCUUGCUUGGGUAGGGUAGGGCUCCUGCGGACCAAGUCUGCAUUGCGGCAGCUGGCCGACAGGCUAGACAGAAGCAGACAGCAAGUUUCAGAAGAGAUGUCUUCAGCCAGUUCCCCCGAGCUGCAGCUCUUAUCAUCCCAAAGGGACGGGGACCAACAGGUGGAGGAUCCUCCCAUUGGCCUGAGGACCCUUUUUAAUUUAAAUUGUUUUCCAAAUCGAAGAAAGCUUGGACAUUUUUUCCAUGAAUUAUUUUGUCAAUUUAAGUUAAAUUUUUUGUCUAAAUUCAAAAGAGAUCACAAACAUUUAGAAAGAUGGAAACAACUGUGUUCUGACAAAACCAAACUUUUUAAAUGCAUAAUGUCUUUGGAUGAAUGUAUUGAUUCAGUGACUGGAGAGGAAUGGUGGCUGCCUGUCAUUGAAUCUUUCCUUACCGAACACCAAGAUAUUGAAAGACAAAGUGCAUUUGCUGUUGUUAGAAUGAGGAAUGGUGAAUAUGAACUUUUUGAUGAAGUUAUUCCAACGUUUGUCCAAAGUUCGAAAAACAAGAAUUCUACUUCCCUCCCUACCAAACGUGCUGAGGAAAUUUUAAUAAGCAGGGUUAAUACAUUCAUAGAAACUGAUGGCAGUAAAGUGAAUAGUGUUUGUAUUUUCAGCAUCAACAGUCCAUGUUUAAAAAGGGAAAGGGAACAUAUUGUCCCUUGUAUGUUUCUAAUUUUAAAAAUGGCAGCCCAUUGGCAGAGUCAGUAUGGAAUUUCUAUUAAUGUGGUGUUCAUCAAAUACUGGGGACUGGGUGGAAAAAAUUGUUUCAAAGAUGUAGCAGAAUCUCAAAUUGUAUGUCCCAAUAGCGGUUUUUUUCGGUAUUUUAAUAACUUAAAUGAAGAUUCCAUUAAACUGCUGCAUAAGAAGUUAAAUAAUUUUAAGAAUCCUGAAAUCUUGCCCAAAAAAUAUAAUUCUGUCUUCGACAGGCUUACAGAAUUGGCAAAACGGUCAUAUGUUUCAAGAAAAGACCAUUUGAAACAGGGGAAGGAAAAGAUAGAUCAGUUUGAAUUUGACUCAGAAGACCAAGAUGAGAGUUAUAAAAUUCUCUGCAAUAUAUGGCAUGAUUUUGUUAAUGAGAACACAAUGUCCCAUAUACAAGAACUAAUCACGGCAGAUUCUAAACCUAAAUGUGUUCAAUAUUUUGCAAGCUUGUUUUUGGGGAGCCAUGGACCAUUCAGGCUUUACCAGAUUCCGAGAGAUAUUUGGAAUUGAUUUUAAUUUUUUUAGAAUUUGUAAUAAAAUAAUAAAAAAAUCUGUUAACAUUUUAUCUGAAACUUUUGUCUGCUCUGUCCUGAGCCCUUAAUAAAAAUAUUUAAAAGAC